CUCAUUGGUUGAUUCCUCUAAUUCAGCAUUAUCAAGCCACCUUAUUGGAUCAAUUCUACUGAAAAAAAAAAAUACAUUUGUCGCAUAGAGGUGUCAAGCUCAUCUUGUUUGUUGUGUAUGUGUUUUCUAGACAGUUGCGAAGGUGAAAAAAUAUAUAAUUACGUAUGACUAACCAAGAAAAAAAUAUAUAAAAAUAAUAAUAUCUAUUGUCAUUGUUAAUUUUGAUAAGAUUAUACCUGAUGAAAAUGAGUGAGCUAGUUUGGGGAAUUAAAAACGGUGAUCUCGAUCAAGUUCGUGAUAUUGUUGAAAACAAGAAUAUUGAUGUCAAUCAAAUGAUUGAUGGUAGAACACCACUGCAUUAUGCUGCUGAUUAUGGACAAAAUGAAGUUGUCAGGUAUCUUCUUGACAAAGGUGCAAAUGCUAAUGCAACUGAUAAACAUGGUAUCACAACUCUACUAGCAGCAAUUUGGGAAGGACACACAAAUUGUGUUAAAUUACUUCUUGAAAAAGGAGCAAAACCUGAUGGUCAAACACCAGAUGGUUUGAGUUAUCUUGAUGCUGCUGAAAAGGAUGAAAUUAAAAAUAUUCUUCAAGCAUCACACUAGCAUUCAACCAAAAUGGUAAUCUUACAAAUAAAAAGAUAAACAAAAAUAAUAAUAAUGAUAACAAUACUAUCCAUAAACUCCAAAAGAUAAAAUAAAAAUUGUAAUUUUGUUACGUUAGUUGUUGAUGUUCCUUGUAGAAUAAUUUCCAGCUUUGUUACAUGAUUGACUCUUUUUUUGUUUUGUUUAAUUUCAACAGUAUACGAGUUUAAUUUGUUUUAUUAUUAUAAGCGACUAUAAUUAUUUAUAAAUAUAAUAUUUCUGUGAGAUGAGCCUAGAUUAUUCUAGGAGUAAAUGGUCAAAUGUAACAACGUGCAACUAUCGUCGUUGCGAUGAUGUAAAACUUGC